AUGCCCGUCCUGAAGAGAGACACUAAAGAUAGAGACUCUCAGAUUUUGCCUAAAGUGCCCGUCCCAGACCUGCAGCACACGCUGGACACAUACCUGAGAUCAGUGAAACACCUCGUCUCUGAAACACAGUUCCGAAACACCAAAGCCAUCGUGGAGACAUUUGGAAAACAUGGAGGUGUCGGGGAAGAACUCCAGAAACAGCUGCUGGAGAGACGAGACGAGACACAGAACUGGGUGUACGAUUACUGGCUGGAGGACAUGUAUCUGAACAACAGACUGCCACUUCCUGUGAACUCCAGUCCUGCGCUGGUGUUCCCCAAACAACCCUUCAGAGAACAGAGAGACGCUCUCAUGUUUGCUGCUCGUCUCAUUCUGAGUGUUUGUGAGUACAAGAAUUUAGUGGACAGUAAGACUCUUCCAGUGGAUGUGGUUUGCUGUCAGUCGUGUGAAUCUCGUCUGUGUAUGAAUCAGUACGAGCAUCUCUUCAGUUCGUACAGACGAGCCGGACAAGAGCGGGACACACUCAUCACCACAGAUGCUGCACAUGUGAUUGUGGCCUGUAAGAAUCAGUUCUUUGUGCUGAAUCUGAUGGAAGGAUCCAGUAAACUGAAUGAAGCGGAUGUGCAGUCGCAGCUGCAGUGGAUCUGUGCGCAGACGCAGAACUCUGAGCAGACGCAGCCGGCGAUGGGACUGAUGACCUCUUACACCCGGACAGACUGGGCUCGAACCCGAGAUGAGCUGAUGAAAGAUCCUGUGAACGGAGCGUCUCUGGAUCUGAUGGAGCGCUGCAUGUGUGUCGUCUGUCUGGAUGAUCCGACGGGACUCGAGCCGAGCGACGCCAACAGAGCUGCGCUGAUGCUGCACGGAGGAGGACCUGAUCAAAACGGAGCGAACCGCUGGUACGACAAACCUCUACAGUUUGUGGUCGGUUUAGAUGGUGUAUGUGGAGUCGUGUGUGAACACUCUCCGUUUGAAGGCGUCGUUCUGGUGCAGUGUGCCGAAUACAUCCUGAAAAACAUUCGGAGCUCCUGUAAGCCGAUCUCAAGCCGCAGCGACUCUGAACUUCCUCAUCCGCACAGAUUACUGUGGAAAUGUUCACCUCAGAUUCACGGCUCACUGGCUUCAGCCGCAGAACACCUGCACAGACUUGUGAAGAAUCUGGACAUGAAUGUUUUCACCUUUGAAGUUUAUGGGAAGCAGUUCAUCAAACAGCAGAAAAUGAGUCCUGAUGCGUUCAUUCAGGUGUCUCUACAGCUCGCCUUCUACAGAUGUCACAGCAGGACGGUCUCCACCUAUGAGAGCGCUUCUCUCCGGCGCUUCCGUGAGGGUCGUGUGGAAAACAUUCGCUCGGCGACUCCUGAGGCUUUAGCGUUUGUGAAGCUCAUGACGGAUGAUGCAACAUCCGUUCAGGACAUGGAUCGGAUGGACAAACUGCGAGCGGCUGUAAACGGUCAGACUCAAAUCACAGUUCAGGUCAUCACAGGAAUGGGGAUAGACAAUCACUUACUAGGAUUACGAGAAAUUUCCAAGGAGUUGAAAAUGGAGAUGCCAGAGAUUUUCACAGAUGAAACGUAUAAAAUCAGUAACAACUUCAUCCUGUCCACCAGUCAGGUUUCCACCACGGUGGAGAUGUUUUGUUGUUACGGUCCAGUGACUCCUGACGGUUACGGCGUGUGUUACAACCCGCAGGCCGAUCACAUCAUGUUUAGUGUGUCUAGUUUCAGAGACAGUAAAGACACGUGUUCAGGUGCGUUUGUGACGGCUGUCGCUCAGGCGCUUCAGGACAUGAGGAACCUGUGUGCUAAAUACACUGAUGCAGAUCAGAGCAACAGACUGAAACACUAA